AUGGAUGAGACGACCGGUCAUUACGUGUGCCCUAAGACUGGCUGUGACUCAAAAUAUGAACUACUUAUUGAUCUAUACAAACAUCUUCGGACAGUCCAUGAAUUGCAAUCAAGUGGUCCUGAGUUUGAACAGAGAGUGGAUUCGCACACAAAAGAGUACUUCGAUGUCGACACCAAUUGCUAUGUCUGUACGGAAGGCGACUGUCGAGAGAGAAUCAAAAAACGGUUCACUUUUUACCGACAUUUAAUCAACGCUCACAACAAAAAGCCGAACAUUGUGUGCGAUGUCUGCGGCAAAGCGUUCAGACUUCCGGCUCAGCUGCUGAUCCACAAGCGAAGGCACACCAAUACGAAGCCAUACAAGUGCUCGAUCGCCGGCUGCGACUACCGGUGCCUAACCGGAGGUAUGCUUAGCGAACACCUGACCAGCCAUUCGUCGGAUCGGCCUCAUCGGUGCCCAUUCGAGGGCUGCGGUAAGACCUUUAAGACUGCGGGUCAUAUGCAAAGGCACUCUCUAUCGCACGACAAGACAUUUCAGAUGAAGUGCACUGUCGACGGGUGUGACGAGUGGUUUAAGACGGCGUAUUGGCGUACGUUACACGUCAAACAGGUCCACAAGGGUUUGGCGUACGAAGAGUGUCGCCCAGUGUUCAAAAAGUGGCAGUGCGGAUGGCCUGGCUGUGAGUUCAGGGGCAAAGCCGGUACGUUGAAAACUCACCAUUACAUCCAUACGGGUGAGCGGCCGUUCGCCUGCGAUUGGCCCGGUUGUGACAAACGGUUCCGCCAAAUACAACGCCUCGGCGACCACAAGAAUGUUCACGUCAAUGAUAAGCCCCUGAUGUGUCAUUGGCCUGGAUGUGCCUAUCGGUGCAACGAUUCCGGCAAUCUUCGCAAACACAUCCGCACUAAUCAUAAAUAG